GCCCCAUCUAUAAGAUCUGGGGAGAGAAAGGGCCCCCACUGCUUCCAGACGGUGUUUAGGAUGAAGACAGCUCUACUCGUCCUCCUUGCCUUGGCUGUGGCCACUAGCCCAGCCUGGGCACUUCAAUGUCAUGUAUGCACCAGCAGUACCAACUGUUUGAACCCUCAGGUCUGUUCAGGCAACUCCUACUUCUGCAAAACCGUCACCACAGUGGAGCCUCUGAAUGGGAACCUGGUGAGGAAAGAGUGUGCAAACACAUGCACCUCCGACUACAGCCAGCAGGGCCAGGUCAGCAGUGGUUCCGAGGUCACACAAUGCUGCCAGAGUGACCUGUGCAACAACAGACUGUCCAGCGCUGCACCUGGACGGGCCCUACUCAGCAGAGUCACCCUGGGCCUGGCAACGAGCCUCGGCCUUCUUGCUGUUAUGGCUUUCAUCCUGUAAUGGAAUUUUCCUUGCCCCUUCCCUUUUAGUCCCCAUAGCCCAUCCUUGACCAUGAUGGAAGCAUCAGAUGCUAAGGCUGGGGGAUGCCCUUCAGGACUGGGGCUGGGUCCUGGUGGGCACCAAGAGUGGAUGGCAUAUAUAGCACAGUGCCUUCCCCAGGCCAGGAAGAUGUGGCCUGCACCCCAGUAUGGAAGAUGGGGGACAGACAUGCUCCAUCUCCUCUGAUUUUGUACUUGUUCCAUUUAUUUUUCUACUUGAACCUCUACUUGGAAAUAAAUGAUCCAACAAUA